CCCCCGCAGAACAAAGACCCCAAAAUGUCGCGCGUGGCUCUGGAGUCUCUGUACCGACUGCUGUGGGUCUACAUCAUCAGGAUCAAGUGUGAGAGCAACACCGUCACACAGAGUCGUCUGCUCAGCAUCGUCUCGGCUCUGUUCCCCAAAGGCUCUCGCAGCGUCGUUCCCAGAGACACUCCGCUCAACAUCUUCGUCAAGAUCAUCCAGUUCAUCGCUCAGGUGAACACUGCACACCGUUUGUGUUUAUAUAUACAUAUUUAUAUAUUUAUAUUUCUGUCAGAUUCACUUUAAACAGUCAGGAAAUCUUGCCGUGACCAAUAACAGCAAGGA